AUGAGUCUAGUAUUUGACGAGUUUGGAAGGCCCUUUAUUAUCCUUCGCGAGCAGGAGCAAAAGAGCCGGCUGACCGGGAUCCAGGCGCAGAAGAUUCUCAUCUCUCCAGAUGGCGAAGUGACCGUCACAAAUGAUGGAGCCACCAUUUUGAGCCAGAUGCAAGUGGAGCACCAAAUAGCAAAACUGCUCGUUGAACUCUCCAAAUCGCAAGACGAUGAGAUUGGCGACGGAACGACUGGCGUAGUUGAAUCCUGCGAGUCGCUUCUGGAUAUGGGCAUCCAUCCGAUACGAAUUUCCGAGGGCUUUGACCGUGCUUGCGCAAUUGCGGUCGAGCGGUUGGAAGCGAUUUCAACGGACAUGCCCGAUCUUGGGCGUGAUUUGCUAAUUAAUGUGGCAAAGACAUCGCUCAGCUCCAAAAUCGUCUCCAAAUGCCACGAUCACUUUGCAGCCAUGGCUGUCGAUGCCAUUUUGGCUGUUGCAGAUAUCCAACGACGAGACGUUGACUUUGACCUGAUCAAGGUUGAUGGGAAAGUUGGCGGUGAGCUAGCAGAUUCGAUGCUCAUCAAGGGUGUUGUCAUUGACAAGGAAUUCUCCCAUCCUCAAAUGCAGAAGGAACUGACCGAUGUGAAAAUCGCCAUUCUGACGUGCCCAUUUGAACCACCAAAGCCAAAAACCAAGCACAAGUUGGACAUCACCUCGCCGGAGGAAUAUUUCCAGUUGCAGCAGUAUGAACGAGACACUUUUGAGACCAUGGUGCAGCAAGUCAAGGCGUCAGGUGCUACUCUUGUUGUCUGCCAGUGGGGCUUUGACGACGAGGCCAACCACUUGUUGCUAUCAUCAGACCUGCCUGCCAUUCGAUGGGUAGGUGGGGUGUCGAUCGAGCUUAUUGCGAUUGCCUCGAAUGGGCGCAUCGUGCCGCGAUUCCAAGAACUGACUCCAGAAAAACUCGGCCAUGCUGGGCGUGUGCGCGAGAUGCCGUUUGGGACCACCAAUGAUCGUGUCAUUGUUAUUGAAGAGUGUGCAAACUCCCGGGCAAUUUCCCUCUUCGUGCGCGGCGGGAACAAGAUGAUCGUGGAAGAAGCCAAGCGCUCACUACACGACGCCCUGUGUGCUGUGCGCAACAUCAUUCGCGAUCAGCGUGUAGUUUAUGGCGGUGGUUCUGCAGAAAUUGCCUGCUCCAUUGCCGUGGCUGGUGCUGCCGACAAGGCAACGGGUGUUGACCAGUAUGCGAUGCGCGCAUUCGCAGACGCCCUAGAUAUGAUUCCCAUGGCCCUAGCAGAAAAUUCGGGCCUCUCGCCAAUUGACCACUUGACCACCGCCAAGCAAAGACAGCUCAAUGAUAACAAUCCAUAUCUGGGCAUCGAUUGCCUUGGAAAGGGGACCAUUAACAUGCGCGAGCAGAGCGUGUUUGACACGCUGUUGGCCAAACGACAGCAACUCCAUCUCGCCACUCAGCUUGUCAAGAUGGUCCUCAAAAUCGAUGACGUCAUCCUGCACCACCCCACCGCCGAUCAGGGCCGUUAA